UCCGCAGCAGGAAGUACUGUAAGAAAGAAGUGUUUUUUUUUGUUUUUUUUUUACCGGCGUGCUGCGGUCUCCCCCAGUCCGGUCCUGGUAACCUUCCCGCUUCUGCGCAGUUUUGACCCGGGACAAAGCCUCGCCAGUUCUGCCGCCGUUUGUUCCUCCAGAGCAGCAUGUCGGAUUACGGCGGAGUUUCCUCUAACGGUGUUGGCGCUGGAGUGAAAAACGACGCUUUUGCAGACGCCGUUCAACGAGCCAGACAGAUUGCAGCUAAAAUUGGUGGAGAACCUGCGCCCUCAGUGACAAACAACGGAGGAGCUGAAAGUUAUCCAUUUACUGGACAGAAACGAUCCCUUGAAGAAGGAGAUGAGCCUGAUGCCAAGAAGAUGGCAUCACAGAAUGAAAGAGAUUCAGCAAUGUCUAUUGGAGCUCAGUUAGCUGCUCUGUCCCAACAAAGUGUCAGGCCAUCCACUAUUACAGAAGAGUACAAGGUGCCUGACAGCAUGGUUGGCCUCAUCAUUGGACGGGGAGGAGAACAGAUCAACAAAAUCCAGCAUGACUCUGGCUGCAAGGUCCAAAUUGCUCACGGUGAGCUGCACGGCGUUGGUCUUCCAGAACGAAAUAUUUCCCUGACGGGAUCACCAGAGGCAAUACAGAGGGCCAAGGCUUUUCUUGAUGACAUCGUGUCCAGAGGUCACGAGUCGAGCAACGGUCAGUCCGGUUCUAUGCAAGAGAUCAUCAUCCCUGCAGGAAAGGCUGGCCUUAUUAUUGGUAAAGGAGGAGAGACGAUCAAACAACUCCAGGAGCGAGCUGGAGUUAAAAUGAUUCUUGUCCAAGAUGGGUCACAACCGCCCAACAUAGACAAACCCUUACGCAUCAUCGGAGACCCUUACAAAGUACAGCAAGCAAAGGAGAUGGUUAAUGAGAUUCUACGAGAACGGGACCAUUCUGGUUUUGGAGAUAGGAAUGAAUAUGGAUCAAGGAUGGGAGGUGGUGGCAUUGAUAUAGCUGUACCCCGACAGUCUGUGGGAGUUGUGAUCGGUCGCAGUGGGGAGAUGAUAAAGAAGAUCCAGAGUGAUGCUGGAGUGAAGAUACAGUUUAAACCAGAUGAUGGUACAGGACCUGAAAAGAUUGCCCACAUUACGGGCCCCCCAGACCAGUGUCAGCAUGCUGCUUCGAUCAUUACUGACCUGCUGCAGAGUAUCCGUGCCCGAGAAGAAGGCGGGCAGGGGGGCCCUCCAGGUCCUGGUAUGCCACCGGGAGGUCGAGGUCGUGGUGGAGGUCAGGGCAACUGGGGUCCUCCAGGAGAAGAGAUGACCUUCACCAUUCCUGCACACAAAUGUGGACUCGUCAUUGGCAGAGGAGGAGAGAACAUCAAGUCCAUCAACCAACAAACUGGGGCAUUUGUGGAGAUUUCUCGUCAAAUGCCCCCGAAUGGUGACCCAAACUACAAACUAUUUAUCAUCAGAGGCUCCCCACAGCAGAUUGACCAUGCAAAACAGCUUAUUGAAGAAAAGAUUGAGGGUCCAUUAUGUCCAGUAGGUGGUGGUCCUGGUCCUGGAGGUCCAGGUGGGCCAAUGGGUCCUUAUAAUCCAAAUCCUUAUAAUGCAGGACCUCCUGGUGGAGCUCCGCAUGGAGCUCCUGGUGGUCCUCAGUAUUGUUCUCAAAGUUGGGGAAAUCCUUACCAACAGUGGCAAGCUCCAAAUUCACAUGACCCCAACAAGUCCGCAGCAGACCCAAAUGCAGCAUGGGCGGCUUACUAUGCUCAGUAUUAUGGGCAGCAGCCAGCGGGCGCCAUGGCAGCCCAGGCACCAGGUGCACCUGCAGCAGCAGCGGCAGGAGACCAGGGCCAAGCAGCACAGACUAGUGGGGGCCAGCCGGACUAUACGAAAGCUUGGGAGGAAUAUUAUAAGAAGAUGGGCAUGACUCAGCCAGCUGGAGGGGCAGCAGCUGCUCCAGCCACAGCAACAGCCACCCCCACAGCGGCAGCUGCAGCACCAGGUGGAGCUGACGGUGGUGGCCAGCAGGACUAUAGUGCAGCCUGGGCUGAGUACUACAGACAGCAGGCCGCCUACUACGGACAGGCAGGUGGUCCACAGCCGGGACAGCAGCCCCAGUAAACUCAUGGUUGAUCUGUUGGACGGAUGUAUUGGAUCUCAGGAUGUUUAUUUUUUCCCUUAUUUGGCUUUAAUAAGACAUGGCCAAGGUUUGCUUAUCCUUCAUUACAUUAUCCAUAUAACAUACCUUUUUAUUUUUUAUGAAUUUAAAAAAGGGAGCACAUUGUGCCCAUAAAUUGAACAAAGCACUAAAAACCUUUCCUGUUCGGUUUACCAUUUACCUGACCCUGCCUCAUGUUGUAAUUCCAGUAAAAAAAAAAUUUUUGGUUAUUUUAACGAAAAUGUGAAAUGAGCAAUUCUGCUUGCUAGAUACCACGACAGCGUCUCAGUACAGAUUCACAUUUAGUAUUUCCCUUCAGUUUUCAGAGGGUACAUAUAUCUGUCUCCAGUAUUUUGAAUAUAUUCACAAAUUAUCUUUGAAAGAUAAUUGCAGUUGUUUUCUUAUGUCCUUUUUUUUUUAAACAUUUCACAAGUGUUUAAUUUGCAGGUGUAAAUCUUCCUGCUGUGAUGAUUUUUUAAAUAAUAUUCCCUAUUUUUUUGUUCUAGAGGGUAUUGAAUGCCUAUAAUACCUUUAUUGCUACUGAAUGCUACAAAAACUGAACGCAGGUUGGCAGUGAUUGGUCAACAAUUGUCAUAAUUGCAGACUUGCGUGAGCAUCUAUUUUUGUGUUUGACUGCCCUCCAUUUCAUUCUCAGCUUUACUUUUGAAACAUUUUCUUCCAUUAGGUUGUUUGUGCAUGUGCUUUUUUUUAACGUUAUUUUUUUACAGUUUGUUUUUAAAGACUUCAAUAAAACCAUUCAUAUUAUA